UGUUUCACAAAAUUCAAAGCGGAGUGUUUAUAUUUCUUAGCAUUCAUCAUUUUUGGUUGAGUUUUCCAAAAGGCUAGGUCUAGUAUUUCUAAAUACACAUAGAUGGCCAGAUAUUAGGUUUUCAGAUGUUUGUUAGUUUUUAAGAAUUAAGAUAAUAUCAAAAUAUUAUCAGAUUCUUUUUCUGGCAAGAAAUGUGAUACAGUAAGGCCUUUAAACGAGUAAAAUAAACUUAAUGAAAAAAAAAUAAAUUUAACUUUACCAAUCAAAUGUGUAUUUACAACAUUUUACAAUGCCCUUAAAUUACAUAACUGCCCUUAAAUAAUGAUGGUUUAAAUUUAUGUCAAAUUACAGUACUGGAGCUCAACUCCAAUUCACAUGAAACAAAAGUGAGAGAGCUCAAUUCCCUUAAGCUCCCUCCCACAAGUUAACCACUGCUAGUAACUACACAGAUAAAUUAACAUAAUUUUCAAGGUUGUCCUAAAACUUCUGCUCCGUAAACCAAGCAUUCUUAAAUGUUAAUAUUUAAUCAGAAACCUGUUGUACUUAGUAUCUUAUUACCCAUGAUUCACAUAUUUUCUUGGACUGCAAGAUGUAUAGCUCAUUUUCAAUCACACCCGGCACCAUGACAAGCAGCGAGCACAAAGGGCUGAAGCUGAAGCGGGAGGUAGGGUUAAUUAGUGCCGUAUCUCUGGUCGCAGGCACUAUGAUAGGAUCGGGGAUAUUUAUGUCCCCUCAGUUUGUGAUGGCCAAUGUUGGAAGCCCCGGAGCAAGCUUGAUCAUCUGGGCUGUGUGUGGCCUGGUGACUCUAUGUGCUGCGCUCACUUAUGCAGAGCUUGGUACCAUCUUCAGAGAAUCCGGAGGAGAUUUCAUCUACAUCCUGAAAAUCUAUGGACCCUUACCUGCAUUCUUUGUGGCAUUCACAUUAAUAAUCGUGCGGAAGCCAGCAUCUAUUGUGGCUAUAGCCUUGAGUUUUGCUCAGUAUGCCGUGGCUCCUUUUUAUCCAGGCUGCAUGCCACCUAUGUUGGUUGUAAAAUGUAUAGCAGUGGUGUGCAUUUUGGUGGUGGCUACCAUAAAUAUGCUGAAUGUUCGCUUUGCCAUGGCCAUUCAGGUUAUCUUCCUGGUGGCUAAAAUGGUGGGACUGAUGGUGAUCGUUAUUGGUGGAAUAGUUACCAUGGCCCAAAAUGGCAUGGGAAGCCUUGGGAAUCCAGACAUUGUCUUUAAGGAUACAACUUUGGGGCUCAGUCCCAUUGGAAUGGCUAUGUAUCAGGGACUCUGGUCUUUCUCAGGAUGGUCUAAUUUAAUCGUUGUGCUUGAAGAGGUGAAAAAUCCAGAGGUAAAUCUACCCCGGGCAUUAAUGAUUGCCCUUCCAAUGGUUACCAUCCUCUACUUGCUGGUCAAUAUCAGUUAUCUGGCCAUCAUGACUCCUAGAGAGAUGAUGAUGUCCAGUGCUGUAGCAGUUACUUGGGGCAAUAAGGUGCUGGGAAAAUGGGGCUGGUUGAUGUCUAUUGCAGCAGCAUUAUCUUCCUUUGGCACACUGAAUGGAUCAUUCUUCGGUGGGGGACGAAUUGCCUUUGUAGCUGCCCGGGAAGGUCACAUGCCUAGCAUCCUGUCCAUGGCCCAUGUGCGACGUCUCACUCCCUUUCCAGCUCUCAUCUUUACCACCAUUAUCGCCUUCAUUGUGCUCAUUCCUGGAGAUUUCCGGGGCAUAAUCAACUUCUUCAGCUUCACAUCCUGGAUCUUUUACGGACUUACGAUAUCAGCACUACUCUAUCUCAAAAUGAAAAAGUCGGAUCUUCCUCGUGUCUACAAGGUACCCAUUUUUAUCCCUAUCCUGGUGAUGCUGGCAGCUGUGUUCCUGGUUCUAGCACCCAUUGUUGACAAACCUCAGCUUGGGUACCUGUAUGUUACUCUCUUCAUCCUAAGUGGAGCUUCGAUUUAUAUUCCAUUCAUUCACUUCAAACUGUGUCCACACCUGCUGGACAAACUCACAGUGGUCAUGCAGCUCUUCCUGGAGGUAGCACCAGCUGACAAAAAUGUAUAAAACACCACAUCAGACUGGGAGGCAGAGCUUUUUAGCCUCUUGCUCUGGUCAAUAUUGUGCCCUUAAAAUUUUUUUCAUCAUUUUAUUACCAGUGUAUUAUGCAUGGUGAGCAUUUAGAGUCUGUCUUAAUUGUAGAAGAAGUAAUAAAUGUGUGCAUGUUUGCUUUUAUUAUUAUUUUUUUAAAUCAUGCAGUCUUGACUUAUAGUGCAAGUAGAAACCUUAUUGCUUUCUAGUCUACAUAAACAUUUUUGCCAGAUAU